UCGCUGGUUUGAAGCAAAACACGUUGUUUUAUUACCGCGCACAGCACUAUUGCUCAUAGCUAAGCGAUCAGGAGCAAGUUUUGUAAAUUCUCUCGAUGCGGAAAAACACCCUCAUAAAAUUAGGCAAAGUGCAUUACCUGCGGUGAAAGUUUCACUUUUAGAAGAUGUCAAAAUCAUAUUUACUCGUUGUUUUGGAGUAUUUAAUAUUUUCACUACAUUUUAAAGAAUACCUGUGCCAGUAUAAGGUCGCCAGUUCUUGUAAUGGUAAUAAUUUACAAAUCACCUGUUUGGACAACGAAAAGAUAGCAAUACAAAGAGUAUUUUUUGGAGCGAGACCCAGAGAUUCUAAAUUGGAUUGUAAAGCUGAGGGAGAAACUGAUCCAAACUGUUGCCGUAGAGGUUAUGGGGACUGUCUUUCUUACAACUCCAACACUGCAGCGAUAGUGACGCGACUAUGUACUGGUCGUCCGACCUGCUUAUAUCUAACAAGAUCAGUCAAAUUAGACAGAUGUCCGGAUCCAACACUGGACACCUCAGACUAUAUGACGGUGUUCUAUAACUGCAUUCCAGAUUCUUCAACAGUAAAUAUUUGCUCAGAUGACAAAAUACAAGCCAAACCUCCUUUAUACCUCUCAAACAAAGAGUACCCUCUUCCACGAACAGGGAUCAGCAAUUGUACUUGUAUGAUUGUGAAGCACCCGAGUCAAGCAAGGCUCUCCCUGAGAGCAAUAGAAAUAUCCUUUAUUGACCCUCAGUGUUCAGUUUCGUUGACAGUAAAACUUGGAGAAGGUCCAGAGAACAAAUUUCCAUGUAGUUAUAAAAUGGUUGCCUAUAGACAGUGGCUGGAAGUGACGUCAGACAAAGCCACCGUUAGUCUGACCAACGAACAGGACCAGGGCGACACAUACCUCUGGAUGCAGAUUGAAUCUCCUGAUAAAUCAGAGGACCCAGUCCGUUUAUAUUGUGGAGAUGCAUUAGAGAAAUUUUUAAAUCCUGAUGCGACGAUAACAGAGGAAUCAAUGACAUCUACAAACGCACCAUCCAUAACAAGUAUGGAAUCAACGAAGCAAGAAACAACUAUGGAAUCAACGAAGCAAGAAACAACUAUAAAGCCAACGCAGCACGCAACAACAAUGGAAUCAACGGCCACUGUGAGAGAAACAUCAAAAAUGACAUCAACUGUACAAACCACCACAGAGGAAGAUAUGAUUAUAAGAAGUGGUAUGUCCACUUCAACUUUAAAUUCCCAAACUACCAAACGCACAACAUCUAAACCUAUCACAACCCACAGCACAACACUAAAACCUAUGGCAACGAAAAGCACAACAGUGGAAUCCAUGACAACCAAAAGCACAACAAUGAAACCUGUGACAACCAAAACCACCACAAUGAAAUCAAUGACAACCCAGACUACCACAACGAAAGAAGAGAAGAUAGAUAAUAUUCUAAGUACAACCAACUUAACAACUAAUAGAACCUCUUCCUCCACAUUGAGAAUCCCUUCUACCACUAUAACCACCACUAAAUUUGUGCCACAUUUGUCCGCAACCACCCACAUCAACCCCAAACUUCCAACCUCCACCGUCUCUAUGGAUAGAUCAUCUAAAGGUUUAGUUAUUAGUCAUCAGAAAAAAUAUUGCUUUGGCACCUGUCACGACACUUUUGGAAAAGGUUUCACGCUGAAUUUGAAGUCCUUUAUCAACCCAUCAAAAGUAAAAAAGUACUGCCGGAAAAUAGACGAUCGACUUUCCUGUUUCGAAUCCCAACUUGAACAAUGCUCUUCUACAGAAGAAAUGGAUGCAGACAAGGAACUCAAGGCCAACUUAGCAGGACAAGAGGUCAUAUGCGAGGAAAAUCUGAAUGAGGUCCAGUAUAUGGAAGAUUGUUACAACAUGAAAGAAGUAAGACGCAGUCUGACAUCUUGUGACCAAUUGCUUCACCCUUUUGAAAAUGUAGACAAGACUGAUAUAUGCAAUUUAGAGAAGGAAUUCGUAGAUUGUGUGGCAAAAGCUGUAGAUGACUGUAAUGAUACACAAGUAUCGAUGUUCAUGUAUAAUGUAACCAAUGAACUGUUUGAUUUCCUGUACAAUACAGAAGACUGUGAGACAGAAUCAGACAAAAGUGUCAAAGAACAAGAAGUUAUGGUGACUGAAAAACCGGAACCGGAAACAGACGACGGAGCUGAUAAAACAACACAACAACCAGUCGUACCAGAAAAAAAGGCGGGAGACGACAAGAGAAAUGCGGCCUCCAGAGUCCCAGGAUUCCUUUAUCCCUUCCAUAUAGUUCUAAUUGCUUAUUUAAUGGUUUUUCUGUCGUGAUGUGCUGUAUUGACGAAGUGUUUUGGAGUAAUUGUGAAAAAUGUAUGGAGUCAUUUUCUACAUUGAUGUAUGGUAUAGACAAAUUAAUGGAGUAACGAUAGUUAUGUAGAACUCCAUGUAUCAUCUCUUCUAUGAAUCUGGUAAUGUUGAGAUAUAUCAAACACAAAACUUGAGAUCUCAGGAACUGUUCUUGUUUUAUAGCUCUUUAUAGAUUGCAAAGGAGUACCUUGGAUAUUAUAUAAGUAAUAUAGUUUAAUAUAUUGCAUUUUUAAUAACAUCACCAAUGCUCUAAAUCAAUUCAAAUGAAUUAUUCCAAAAGAUCUUCUACAUGAUUAUAAAUAUUAUUCUAUGUACAUAACAAAGUUUCUCAUAAGGCAUAGAAAAAAAUUGCUUUGCUUAAAAAUGUUUUACAUGGACGUGUUUGUGAAAAGAAUAUAUGCCAAAUG